GUAAUACCAUCCCCUUGCCAUACUGCAUGCGUUCAAACAGGGUGCAUGAAUAUGGACCCCUACAACAAGUUGCGAGGCUCCAUGGGCUUCCCCGUUGACUUCGAGGUGGGCCAAGCCAUCAACAAGUACAACGAGGCCAAGCUAAAGGCCAUUUAUCAGGGAUGCAAUAACUAUGUGGUCAAGCUGGUUUGCUCAGGAGGAGGAACGACGAAAGGCUUCUUCAACGGCUUUUUUUACAGCGACAGUAACCUCAUUCUGUCGUCGGGUCACAUUUCGGGCUUCGGUGGUGCGGACAAGUAUGAGGCGUUGUUCUUCCAUGGCACAGCGCUGGCCAAAAGGUGCGAGCUGAAGCUGCUCCAUCUGGGAUCCUUCGUCGGCCAGGCCACCAGCAGCGCCGGCAUCCCAUUCAAUGUCUACAACCCGGAUGUGGCAGUGCUCGAGUGCCCGGACGUGCCACCCCACCCGCCAAGGCCGUUUGCCGAGGUAGUCUCUCCUGGGGCCUCGGUGUGCGUCGUAGGCUUCAAGGGUGUGGACGAGCCACAGCUCAGCAUCUCAGACGGCAUCGUCUCCUACUCGGGUAUGGACACCAUGCACAUUACAGCCCACGUCGAUGACAGGUACUCCGGCAGUCCCGUCCUGAGCACACAAGGCUACGUUGUGGGGAUGGUCAAGGCGGGGCUGGGCACCACCAUCAAGCAGGUGGAGGUCGUGAGCGCCCAGACCAUCCACAGCUUCCUGGUGUCAAAAGGCCUUCCUGGCUUCAAAGGCUGAGGCACCACAGAAGCCGACAGCGCCCAGUGCUUUUCACGGGGUGGUUCUACACACCUAUCAUGGGUCGCAGGACCAAGGUGGACUUCAAGAUCCACAACAACUACAAGGUCACAGCACGCUUCUCGUGCCAAGGCACAUCAUACGAGUUCCUCAUGAAGAGGUGGGCGAAGAAAGGCAGCUCGGUUCAGAGCCCAACGUUUGACUUCUUUGCCAUGCUCGUGUGUGUCGAGUUACAGCAUGGCACCGACUUUGCAACAACAACGGUUCAGGUUGAGGUGGUUUGGAUGUUGCGGGGUUGUAUUGCAUGAUGGAAAUGCCAGUUGGGGUGGGGAUACUGUGGUUGCAUCUUACAACGAACUCGUAGCAAUGGACCACUUCCCUCCCGACCAGUUGGUUGCCAUUGAGGCAGAGGAGAAGUUUGACCGGUGUGGCAGCCGCCUAACAGAAGAGGAUAGGUCAUACCUGCGCGGCCGUAUGGUAGGUAGCCUAAUAAUAGGCUAGUCUCGAAUGCCUUGGGUUUGAGCAUCGUGUUCCUGGUUUGCUUGAGUUAUGAUAUGGGUGCAUGCAUCUUGUGUCAUAGCCCUCAUACGGCUCAUAGGACUUGAAGCAUGUUGGAAAACUGUGUUCUAAGAUGGGACAUGUUGGGAAAGGUGAUUCCCAAGAAGGUGCGGGGACAACCUCGGAGGAAACCGACUCUGUUUUAAGCCUGCGUUUGUUGCCCACGGUCCUCUUCGGGGUUAGGGAAUGAGUAUGCUGGCAGCACCCUUGCUGGCGGGCUGUCGGACGUGCCACGUGUUCACACGCACGGAUUCCUUCCCUGCAUGCCCGCUGAUCAGGUUCUCCUUACGCAUGCUGUCGCAUACAUACCAGCAAUAACCCAUGACACGUUGUAAGCGCGGAGGCGAAUGAGUAUAUAAGCGGGACCGGAGGAUUAUGGCACGCUGCGAUAUCCUAGGACCUCACCUCCUCCCAACAUGGUGCUUUGCGAAUGUCGCUCAUACGUUGGUUACUGGUCACGUGCUUACCAUAAGACAUUUCUCACUUAGUCCUUCGCUGCAAAUGUGAGCCAGAUGCUGCAGAAGGAUGAAAACCUUAGUCAUUAUCAGCGGUCGGUUGGAGUCUGAUGGAUGUACGAACGAAUGGAUUCGGAAAAUUUGGCGGGCCGGUACCCGCUUAGUGACAGCCCAACAUCGAUCCUUGGCACCGCAUGUGUAAAGGUUGAGCGCUCAAAGAGAAAGCGCUUGGAGCAGUAGAUGUUUGAAUCAAGAGCGACGGCCAUGCGGACGUAAUUUCUUUUUACUCGAGGCCAACUCCGCGCUUUGUGGUUUGGCUUCCACAGUUCUUUAAGUCCCCCGGCAACAUCUCAGUAGUAACUAAAAGCUAUGGCUUACGGCUCCAAUCCAGUCGUGCUCCGUCGCGAGCAGCAGGAUGCAAUGGACCUAGUUGAUGAUGAUGCAGUUGUGGAGCUCGAGGAUGACUUGGAUGAUAUUGAUGACGGUGGUGAUGUUGAUUACCAGCGGCAGGAUGAGCAACAGCAGGAGGAGGCACCAAAGGUUGCCCCAAUCGAUGAGGAGCUGCUCAUCAGCGUUUCCCAGGGCCUGGGCAGAUGGAUGGUAGACGCAAAAACCGAUCAGAAAGUAUAUGUGAAGGACCAAGACUGCAUAGGCUGCCUGAAGGACCUGCAGCGCUUCCUGCGCCGCGACGACCCCGACCUGCGCCCCGCCUUCCACCUGCUGGGCAAGUGGCGGCUGGCGGCUCGCGACCUGGUGCCGCUGCUGGUCACCUACCCGC